AUGGAAUUCAGAUCCAAAUCAUGCAAGGGUGAGAAUAUGCAGAUUGAAAGCUAUACUGGAGGCAGGGUGGCCCCAACAAGCAUGCAAGAUCUGAGGUCUCACAGUGCAAAUUAUGCUGCUUAUCCACACCAAAUAGGUAAGGAAGUGAAGAUUGAUAAAGGGAAAAGCACAAUUGGUAAAGCAUCAAAAAAUUGGAGCUUCAAUGACCCUGAGUUGCAAAGAAAGAAAAGAGUAGCUGGCUAUAAAAUAUAUUCUGUGGAAGGGAAAAUGAAAGGGUCUCUGAGGAAGAGUUUAAGGUGGAUCAAGAACACAUACACCCAAGCUAUUCAUGGAUGGUGGUGA